UUUUAGAGUCAAAAUUGGCAGAAGCCUCUUAAACAACAAUUUUUGGAACGUCUUAAUGUUAAAAUUUGAACUUUUAAAUAUUUUUUUAUUUCAACAUCCUAAAGAUGGACUUGACGAAGAAUCGAAUACAAAUCAAAUUUGUGUUAUAAGAGGUGAUCAAUUCUUUGAUAAGCCUGAGGAUGGGACUGAAGAGUAUUUUGUUUCGGAGCCGGAUGAAUUCGAUUACUGGGACUAUUGGGUAUCUUUUUUAAAAUUGGAAAGACAAACUCUAAGUAAAAACUGA